UCGCACUCACUCCAUCGGACAUCACUUCCGAACGGCACGCUGUACCGGGGACUUUAGAAUUUUUGUCACAGCAACAUUCUGUAAAAUGAGUACCAGAACAAAAAGAUUCUGGUUUUCACAAUUUGCCUGCUGGAUCUUCUUCAGUUUGGUAAUGGCAGUGAAAUGUAACCCUAUCGCCGAUCAUCAAUUCACGAAAGUCGAAGGGGUCUAUGGAGCAGCCUCGUCAUUAAUUGAAGCAAUGGACCUGAGUGUUGACCCGUGUCAAGAUUUUUUCCAGUAUGCAUGCGGUGGGUGGAUAAGGAAAAAUCCUAUCCCUGCGACAAAAUCUCGGUGGACCCAAAUCGAUGUUUUACGGGAACGACUAGCGAAUGAUUUGAAAAACAUUUUAGAGCAAGACCAUGACGCCAGAGACCCGCAGCCUUUGAACAGUGCAAGAGAUAUGUACAAGGCCUGCAUGAACACUCGUGCUAUUCAGAAGCUAGGGUUAAAGCCGCUGACUGACGCUUUGGAGAACUAUGGUGGUUGGCCAAUUACGUCGACGGCAGGUAUUCACGAAGGGAUCCGUUUUGAUUGGAAAGUUGUGACAGCUUCAAUUCGCAAACGUUACCGUAUAUCUUACCUGAUUUCCGUGUACAACGAUCUCGACAACUACGAUACGAAAAAGAAUUCAAUUUACAUUGAUCAGGGGUCGCUUACCUUGCCACACGAGAUUUUGCUGAAUUCUGAAGAUUACCCCAAAAUCAUGGAGGCUUAUUUUGUUUAUGUUUCGGAAUCGGCAAAGGCCAUUCGCAAUUCACUCGGAGGUGACGCAACGGAUGGACAAAUUGACUUGGAUGCCCGCGAUCUAUUGCAAUUUGAAUUUGAACUAGCCAAAAUCACCACACCUGCAGAAGCAAGGCGAGAUAACACUCGCAUGUACAAUCCCAUGCUCUUAAUGGAAAUGCAAAAAUGGACUGAUGGAUUUUCUCAUAAAUCACCCCAAGCUCAAGUGGACUGGUCCCAGUAUCUCAACACAAUUUAUUCAUUGGCUGGCGUUGCCAUUCCCACCGAUGAACGCAUUAUCGUCGUAGAGGUAGAGUACGUGAGAAAUCUUCUGGCGCUUUUGGAAAACACGUCCCCGCGCAUUAUAGUAAACUACGUCAUGUGGCGAUUGGUUAGAUUAUUAGCACCUGGAACUGCCAACCAAAUGAAUAUCUUGUCUAUCAAUUUUUCUAAAGCCCUCUACGGCAAUCCUCAGUCAGAAACUCGAUCAAAUAGCUGCGCUAACGAAGUCAACAGUAUGUUCGGCUAUGCAGUGGGCGCAAAAUAUGUAGAAAAACAUUUUCAAGGAAGUAUCAAGACGCAGGUUGAAUCAAUGAUCAAAUACCUCAAGGCCGCAUUUGUGACAUUGAUUGACGAAGCCGAAUGGAUGGAUGCUACAACAAAAGCUAUCGCCAGAGAAAAAGUAGAUGCUAUGGUUGAACUAGUGGCUUUUCCAAACUGGAUUAAAAAGAAAGAAGAUGUGGAGUCAUUUUAUUCCGAUCGGCCACCCGUCUCUAAGGAGGAACAUUUCGAAAACAUUCAAAGUGUUAAUGCCUGGCUGACGAAAAAUGGGCUUAUGAGCCUGCGACGUAAAACAAACCGAACUCGAUGGAUUACUUUUCCUUCAAUAGUCAACGCUUUUUACGCCCCAAAAUACAAUUCUAUUAGUUUCCCAGCAGGAAUCUUACAACCACCAUACUUUGGGUUGAACGGGAGAUCUUCUUCGAUGAAUUACGGUGGUAUUGGAGUCGUCAUUGGUCAUGAAAUAACACACGGUUUCGACGACAAAGGCCGCCAAAACGAUAAGUACGGCAAUACUGCUAACUGGUGGACGGAGAACACAUUGGCGCAAUAUCAAUCGAGAGCAAAAUGUUUCGAAGACAAAUACAAUAAUUACCUUGUUUUAAAUGGAACUCAAUUGAACGGCCUUACCACGCUAGGGGAAAAUAUUGCUGAUUACGGUGGAAUACGCGAGGCAUUCGUUGCCUAUCGUAACUACGUCGCAGCCAAUGGAAUCGAGUCUGUUCUGCCAGGUUUGGAAAGGUUUACUUCCGAGCAGAUAUUUUUCCUAUCCUUCGCUAAUACUUAUUGCGGCAUCGAAACUCCAGAAAAGCUUCUGAAUCAAAUAAUGAAUGACCCGCAUAGUCCCAACCGUUACAGAGUUAUAGGGACUCUCUCCAAUUCAGAAGAUUUCGUUCGCGAAUUUAACUGUGUGCCUGGUACUCCAAUGAACCAACUUAGAAAAUGCACCCUUUGGCGCUGAUUCUGUCAUUAUGUGUUACAAGUUAUUCU